AUGACAACUCCCGUAGCUGCUGUCCGCGCACUCUUUCGAUCGCGUCUGUCCACGUCUCUGCGCGCAUCUCCACUCCUGACCAAUGGAAUACCUCCACAGCAGCGAUGGCGUCACUCGUCAUGCUUCGUACAGCCUCCUCCGCUCCUGUCUGCGUGCGUCAACCUGGGCUCUGUACGCUCCAAAACCAGUGAACGCGCACUGCGCCGCAAGAACUUGCGCAAGAUGAAGAGCCAGAAGGGCGGCAAAGUGCCGAUGCUGAAGGAGACGCUGCGGAAGCUGUACAUGCGCACGCACCCGGAUCUGUUUGGACGGUACCCGGAGCAGCAGCGGGCAAACGAGGAGUCGUAUAAGGAGCUGCUGGGCAUUUUGGAUGCCAUUGAGAAACACAAUGAGUUUCCUCCUGCCAAGACGUUGAGACUGCCGUUCUUCUUGAAGACGUCAGUGGACGGGGAGUUCAAGGAGGUGGAUCUGCAGCUGCGCACGACUGGCGGGGCUUGCAACACGCUGGUAGAAGAAGCUUUGGGUCGGUUUUUUGGCGAGUGUGGUCUCCCACAGGCGUUUCAGUGGGGAGAAGGCAGCUGGGGCAAGGCUGUUGGUAAAGGUGCGGUCGAGAACUCGAAUCUGGGCUUUGAUAAGGAGGAAGAGACUCGCAAGGAGGCCAGCGAGGAGGUGGAGGAUGUAGGUCAACAGCCGGAAUCGACUUUUAACAAUUCGGGUAGUAGCGUUCCCGACCAUUCGAUCGAAAAGAUGCUGAACGAAGUCGACGAUACGCUCCAGCUCAUCGCAGCGAUGCCUUACCUGGAUGAUGAAGAUGAGCAGCAACGUGCUAUUAAAGUGCACUUCGAGCAGGGAUCGGGCUUGGAUGACCUCGACUCGCAGGGCUUUACGACAAAGAAAGGUGUGCUUAAGAUGUGGCAGGGUGAACGGGAUCUGGAUACGUUGAUUGAGGGUAUGGAUGCCGACUCAGCGAUUAUUUUGCAACGGAUCUUUAUGCACACGCUCGAAAUCGAAAAGCAGUUGAACGAGAUCAUUGCAAAUGAAGACGUUGUGGAGGACGAGAACGCUGCUGGUCAGCGAAGCUAG